GGAUGAGAGAGAGAGCAGGAGUAUGUGAGGGGGGAGUGUAUGUGUGAGAGUUGGGGGAGUGUGUGAGAGAGAGGGCGGAGUGUAUGUGAGAGAUGGGGAGCGUGUGUGAGAUAGAAAGAAGGGUGUGUGAGAGAUAAAGGUGUGCGUGUGUGUGAGAGGGUAUGUCUGGGAGGGUGCAGGGGAUUGAGAGAGAGACAGAGAAGGUGUGUAUACUGAGUGUGUAUCUGAGUGAGUGUUUGCAGAGUAGGGGAGGAGUCGCUCUGACACACACAGACAGGCGCAUACACACACAAACACAGCCUUGCACACAGCGCGCACACACACACACACACACACACACACACACACACACACACAGCCAAUUUUCCAAAGUCCACCUUCAAUGAACUUUGACUCCAUGUUGCCAUGAAAUUGUGUGGACAGAGGAGUCCCUGUUAUUUCUGUCGGUGGUGACACGGAGAGGGGGAGAGAGUUUGCAAACAGACGGAGCCUGCCUCCUGGUCAAACAGCUAUGAGCAGCGCGCAGGAUCCAGCAGGAGGCGGUGGUGAGCAGCAGAUUGAGAGACCGAGCCUGGUCUCCCUACACGGUGUCGCCAUGUCUGAAGUCUUCAUCGAGAACUGGGCAGCGGUGGAGAGUUACCAAGCGGAUCCACGGGAUCUCCUGGUCGUCACCUACCCCAAGGCAGGUACCACCUGGGUCCAGGAGAUUGUGGACGCCAUCCUCCAUGAGGGGGACCAUGCGAAAUGCGGCCGGGCUCCAAUCCACAAGAGGAUUCCUUACCUUGAGUUCAGCUUCAGGGGCCUCUUGCCCUCCGGGAUAGACAGCCUGGCUGAGAUGACCUCCCCGAAGGUGAUAAAAACACAUCUUCCCUUCCAGCUGGUUCCCAAAUCCUUCCUCGAGCAGAACUGCAAGAUAAUCUACUGCGCCCGAAAUGCCAAGGACAAUCUCGUCUCUUACUUCCACUUCGACCAAAUGAACAAGAUCCAACCGGAACCAGGCAGUUGGGAGGAAUAUUUCCAGAGGUUUCUCCAGGGAAAUGUGACCUAUGGCCUUUGGCAUGACCAUGUGAAAGGCUGGUGGCAGGUCAAGGAUGAACACCCCAUUCUCUACAUUUUCUACGAAGACAUCAAAGAGGACCCCAGGAGGGAGAUAGUGAAGAUAAUGAAGUUCCUGGGGAAGGAGUUACCUGACGCGGUUCUUGAUGGGAUAGUACAGCAGACAUCGUUCGAAUCGAUGAAGGAAAACCCCAUGACGAACUACUCGACUGUCUCGGAUCGCUACUUCGACCGCUCCAUCUCCCUCUUCAUGCGCAAAGGGACAGUAGGCGACUGGAAGAACCACUUCACCGUGGCCCAGGACGAGGUGUUUGAGGAGGAUUACCGGAGGAAAAUGGGUGAUACUGACCUGCGUUUCCGCACCGAGCUGCGAGGGUCCCAGUGAACCUGCGAUACCCGGCACAGCAAGAACCAACACCUCCUAGUUCCAGCCCCUUCUCGAAACCUCUGCAGUCACUGCAGGGCCCCAUCGUCCCUAAAAUCAAAUUCACUUCAUGGUUUCAGGGAGCCCUGCAAACUCUCGAGGGGCCAGGGAGGGACGGUAUUGCGUGGCCUCGUGUCUCUCCACUCCCUGACGAUUCACAAUCCUCCUCAGUGCCCGAAUGAUCGAGUCUAAUUUCUCACAAAUGCUGACAUGGCGCCAGCCCAAUGCAGUUUCCAUGUGAGAUGAUGAAGCCAAAUGUUACAUUGAGCAUAAAUUCGAGACAAUGAUUAAAGAUUGUCAAGGGGCUAGUCCCGCAGUUCAUUGCAAA